CAGAGACAUUGGAAGUGAAAGGGAUGGGAUGGAGCAGCACUCUGCAUCGUGGAGGGGCUGACACUGGAUCACUCCUUUCCUUCCCUCCUGAGCGCACAGCGAUCUGCUCCAUAGUUGGAAACCUACGAGCCAUCUUUCCAGAUAAGAUGUCAGAAAUGUAAGAAGAGGCGAGUGCUGGGAAUGUUUUGAGGAGUGUGGUCUCGUUGUGUGGCAUUAGACGCGGAACGUGAACCUAAGUAGUUUAUGAUGAUUGUAGGUUCCUGGGCUGUGAUACGAUUUGGAUGAAUUUAUGGAUCUGCGCAUCUAAAUUUCAGCAUCUGAUUUGUUUUUGGGGGGUAUUUUGGGGUUUCUGGUUACCAAAGCCGAUCUGCAGCCUGUGCGGUCAUUUAGGUCUGGAAGGAGUAUAAUCUGGGCGGAGGGGGUUCUGCUGUGCGUCCUCACACGCUGGACUUCAGGUUUGGACUUGGACGAGCGAUUGAUUGCAGCAGUUCACAGCGACUAUCUACAUUUCCAAGCUUCGAGGGAGAUGUGUCAGACUUUUUAAAAGAAGGGAGCUAAUUGUUGGAUGAAACAAUGACAGUCUGCGACUUCAGCUGAUUCCAGGGGAGCGCACGGAUAUCCAGAGGAGCGACACCUGAUUCCUGCUCGAUCCAAACGGCUCCAAAAGUGAAAGGCGCAAGUUUCAAAGCCUGGAAUAUAAGAAUCCAUGAGACGGAUCAGACACAGGACCAAAUAACGCAGAACUAAACCAGCAAGAUGUUCAAACGGGGCUGUGGGCUGGAGUUCCUGUUGGUUCUUUGCGGCCUAAAGUUUUCCUGGUCCUGCCCCCGUCACUGCAUAUGCUACACGGCACCCAGUACCGUCUCGUGCCAGGCCCACAACUUCCUGUCAGUCCCUGAUGGUAUUCCCACAGACAGUGAACGCAUUUUCCUGCAGAACAACAAAAUCCAUCGCCUGCUACGGGGACACUUCAGUCCAAACACAGUCACACUGUGGAUCUACUCUAACAACAUCACCUAUAUAGAGCCCUCCACCUUCCAUGGGUUUACAUUGCUGGAGGAGCUGGACCUUGGAGACAACCGCCACCUGCGCUCUUUGGCUGAAGACACCUUUCAUGGGCUGAGUCGGCUCAAUGCGCUUCACCUGUACCGCUGUGGUAUCAACUCACUUCCAAACAAUAUCUUCAAAGGCCUUCGAAAUCUUCAGUACCUUUACUUGCAGGAUAAUCACCUAAAAUACCUGCAGGAUGACACAUUUAUGGACCUCCACAACCUGAGCCACCUGUUUCUGCAUGGAAACCGUCUGUGGAGCCUUAACCAGAACACCUUCAGAGGGCUUCGAGCUUUGGACCGUUUGCUUUUGCACAAAAAUCAAAUAGAGUGGGUUGACCGUUUGGCAUUUCAUGACCUGAAACGCCUUACAACCCUAUACUUGUUCAACAACACGCUCAUAGAGUUGUCUGGACAGUGCCUGGACAUGCUUCCUGCAUUGGAAUACUUGCGCCUCAAUGACAACCCCUGGUCAUGUGACUGUAAAGCUCUCUCACUCUGGGAAUGGUUGAAACGUUUCAGAGGUUCUACUUCUUCGGUGGGUUGCCAGGCCCCACUCAAUAUGGUUGGAAAAGACUUGAAGGAACUGCGUAAGGAGGACUUCUCCAGCUGCUCUUCAACAGUAUCUGAGUCCAGAUCUCAGACUAACAAUUUAUCUGGUACCGUCAAUCCAUCUAUGAACCGUGGAGUUGCAGUGGGCUCUGGAGGUCAGACCCACAUUGUGGAUCCCUCUAGGCCGGGGCCACCUAAAAACUGUACAAAGUCUGGUAACAGAGUGAGCAAGAAGAAGGGUGACAAUGAGGUUCACCACUCAAAGGAGGUGAUGUCAGACAAGGAGGAUUCCUCCCCUGAUUUCACAGAGGGGGGGAAACGUGACCACACAUCCCCAGAUGGAACAGUCACACGGAGAAAGCACAAGUGUUCUCAUCGGACCACUGUUCGUCCCCCCAGUGGGGUUCAACAAGCCAACAACAAGGCCUCCUCAUCCAAGACUUCACUACAUAUCCAAAUCUUCUUUUUGGCCUUGAUAGUGACAAAUAUCGACCAUAUUCUCCGCUGACCUUCAUUGGGUUUAUCAAAUCAAACAAACAGAAAAAGCAAAGCACAGCCCUCAGACCUUUCUCUUGCUCCUGCACUACAAGGCCUGUGUCUUUUAUGUAUGUGUGUGAAUGUGAUUAUAUGUGUAAAUGUUGUAGGGAGCUUUAUUGUUCAAACUGAAGAUGACAUAAAAGCAUCCAUCAUCUAUAAGAGGAAGAUUCAGAGCACAAAAAUCUGACAGAAAAUAAUGGAAAUUGAAUGCACACUUAGCUUGCACUGCCAAAGUCAAACAAUGAUUUCUUUACCAUACAUCUUGGUCUCUAAUUUUUUGAUUGCUUCUUUACAAGGCUAGAGUUUCAAAACUAUAAAAAUAAGGCAACUGUAAAAGACAAAAAAAUCAAGGUUAGCUUUGGCUAAAUUACUUUUAAUAGUCUACAGAGCUUUAGCUUUUAGUUGAAUUUUAAAGAAACCAGCAUCAAUGGCGGAUGUGGAAUUAGCCAUUAGUUGAAUUGGAGACUCUUGUUUUUCUUUUUUUUAUGUCUUUCAAUUUUAAUUCCUAAGUCAAAUCUGCUGUUUAACUCAAUAUCAAACUUAAGGAUUUGGAAUAAAAAUCUCUUGACUUUACAUUUUAUUGGCCAUAAAAUGAACAGCCAUUAAACACACAGAGUGUAUAAAGCUUUAGCAGAUAAAACUCUAUUCCGUUGACAUAUUAUUUUUCCAUCUACUCUACCUUCUGCCUGCACAGUUUUUCUGCACAUAAUUCUUUCUUCCAUCUUCAUUAACAUCUCUUUUGUUCAGUGCAACUGAAGAUUAAGCUGCUAAUUAUUUCAAGAUGACGAGGAUUGCCAUUUGCUAUUUUCAUCUGCUUGGAAAUGUUCGUCUCCUGGGGGGGUGGGAAUCAAGCUGUGAAUAUUGAGGUGUCUGUCUAUAUCUUGUAUAAGACGUUGUUCAUUUGAUUUAAUACGACACAAAAAGGACCUAUAGAUACAUCCCUGUUGCAGGGCCAAGAGGAGCCUUAAAGGUCAGAGGUGAACUAUCUCAGUUUCACAGUGUGGUUGUGUUGAACUUCUCCUUCCGCAGUGAGGACAUCCCUUCCUCAUCUUUAAUGAGGAAUGCUUCAUGUUUUUUCUUAGAACACUCAACCUCAAGGUACACAUGUAACAGGACUUAUUAAAAAUGUGGGUAUACCUUAAAAAAAAAACUCUUUGGUCAAAACAAUCAAAAGAA